AUGGAUGCCAUACUAGCUCAUAACAAGAUGAUCACUAAGCAACUGGCAGACCUCACUAAGCAAAUGGAGAGGAAUCAAGCUGCAGCAAUCCAUACUCAGCCACAAGCACAAGAAGAGUUAACUGUAGAGGAAGAAAAUGAACGGGAACAGGCCAAUUACAUUGGCAAUGCAUCAAGACAAGCACAUGAUCCAUACUCCAAGACCUAUAACCCUGGCUGGAAGAACUACCCAAACUUUGGGUGGGGAAAUCAACAGAAUGAUAGCCAAGACCAAAAACCUCAUAAUUCCAACUACUUCCCAACUGAUACUGAGAAGAACCCAAGAGGAGAGACCAAGAAUGUGAGAUGGGAAGAAUGCAAAGCAAUUACUCUAAGAGAUGAGGAAAUCCUGGAGGAAGAAAUCCGAAGACACCCUAAGCCCAACACAGAGGAGUCAAGGAAGAAUGUAGGAGAGGCAGAACAUGAAAUUAACCUUGUGCAGAUGAAGGAACCAAUCCUGAGGCCCUAUGUGCCAAAAGCACCCUACCCUCAGAGACUCAGAGGUGGUGAGAAAGAGAAAACAUACUCUACGUUCCUGGAUACAUUCAAGUCUCUUCACAUCAACAUUACUUCCAUUGAAACCCUUCAACAGAUGCCAUCUUACAUCAAAUGCAUGAAGGAAUUGCUAACCAAGAAAAACACCGUGAAAGGUGGACAAAUAGUGGUGAUGAAUAAGGAAAGCAGUGCUCUUAUACAGAAGGAGUUACCCUCAAAGAAGAAGGAUCCAGGGAGUUUUCAUAUCCCCUGCGCCAUAGGAGACACAAUGAUUGAUAGAGGAUUCUGUGAUCUGGGAGCAAGCAUAAAUCUAAUACCUCUUUCUCUCAUGAAGAAACUGCAGAUCAAUGUGCUAAAAUCCACCGAUGUAAUCCUCUAA